UAAUACGGGCCCGGAAAACUCUGUCAUUGCUUCCAAUUUGGGUCGGUAAUACACCCCUCCUGCUUAAACCCCCCAUCUCUCUCUCUCUCUCUCUCUCUCUCUCUCUCUACAUCUCUCUUUACCAAUCUCUCUGUCUCUCUCACACUCGCUCUCUGUAGCUGGAUUGUGUUUGAUCUCAUUAUAUUACAUCUGUGCUCUUUUUACAGGUUGUGGUCUGCUGAUAGUUGAUCAAAGUAUAUAUUCUGGUUAAUUAUCUUCAAGAGCUUUGAAUAUAAUCGAAGUAUUUAAAGUUCAGUACGAGUUAUUGUAGUGGUACUCACCACUUGGCUCUUUCGGAGAAAUCUAUGAGAUAUUUAUGAUUUUGUUGAGCUGAGACCUGAGAAAUGGCAAACGGCAAGAUCAGGGCUAAGCUCAAGAGGAGUAGUCUUUACACAUUUGGCGGGUGUAUUACGCCGCAGGCUGAAGAUGCUGACGGGCCCCAUCAAUUACAAGGUCCUGGAUAUUCAAGAGCAGUAUUUUGCAACCAGCCUCAGAGGCACCAGAAGAAACCUUAUAAAUAUGUUUCGAAUUACAUAUCAACCACAAAGUAUAAUAUCAUAACAUUCCUACCUAAGGCUCUUUUCGAGCAGUUCCGUCGAGUUGCAAAUGUGUACUUCCUUUUAGCUGCAAUUUUGUCACUGACACCUGUCACACCUUUCUCUGCUGUUAGUAUGAUUGCCCCUUUGGCUUUUGUGGUCGGCCUCAGUAUGGCAAAGGAGGCUUUAGAAGACUGGCGCAGAUUUAUUCAGGACAUGAAAGUAAAUCUGCGGAAAGCUAGUGUUCAUAAAGCGGAUGGGGUAUUUGCUUAUAAGCCGUGGAUGAAGAUUCAGGUUGGAGAUGUGGUAAAAGUAGAGAAGGAUCAGUUUUUCCCUGCUGAUUUAUUACUUCUGUCAUCUAGUUAUGAAGAUGGAAUCUGUUACGUAGAGACCAUGAAUUUAGAUGGUGAAACAAACUUAAAGGUGAAAAGAUCUCUGGAGGUAACUUUACCCCUGGAUGACGAUGAUUCUUUCAAGAACUUUGCAGGAACGGUUACAUGUGAAGACCCAAACCCUAACCUAUAUACUUUUGUGGGUAAUCUUGAAAUUGACCGCCAGCUCUAUCCUCUUGAUCCAACUCAGAUUCUCCUCAGAGAUUCAAAGCUUAGGAAUACAACUUAUGUUUAUGGUGUGGUGAUAUUUACUGGCCCAGACAGCAAAGUCAUGCAAAACUCUACACGAUCUCCUUCUAAAAGAAGCAGGAUUGAAAAGCAGAUGGACAAAAUUAUUUAUGUUCUCUUUACACUCCUUGUUUUGAUCUCAAUAAUCAGCUCAGUGGGAUUUGCUGUGAAGACACAAUAUCAGAUGCCAGAUUGGUGGUAUAUGCCUCCAGAUGAUAAAAAUUUGUAUAAUCCUGACAAAGCCAAUUUGUCUGGAUUUUAUCACCUGAUCACUGCCUUGAUCCUUUAUGGAUACCUAAUACCCAUAUCACUUUAUGUUUCUAUUGAGGUUGUGAAGGUCCUGCAAGCCAAAUUUAUUAACCAAGAUUUGCACAUGUAUGAUGAAGACUCAGGAACUCCUGCUCAAGCGCGGACCUCAAAUUUGAAUGAGGAGUUGGGCCAGGUAGACACCAUUCUCUCUGAUAAAACUGGAACGUUAACAUGUAACCAGAUGGAUUUUCUCAAGUGUUCUAUUGCUGGAACUGCAUAUGGCUUGUCUGCUAGUGAAGUGGAACUUGCAGCAGCAAAGCAAAUGGCGAUGGACCUUGAUCCACAGGAUCAUGAUUUUGAAAGAAAUUUACCUAGUAAUAAUGCAGGUUUUAACAAUGGGCGUAGUAAUCAUUCUUCAGAAAUUGAGUUGGAAAGAAUUAUUAGAUCUAAAGAUGAAAACCAUCAUAAACCUGUCAUCAAAGGGUUUAACUUUGAGGAUAGUCGCAUCAUGAAUGGAAAUUGGUCCAGGGAACCACAUGCGGAGGUACUUCUAUUGUUCAUGCGGAUACUUGCGGUUUGUCACACAGCAAUCCCUGAAUUAAACGAGGCGACUGGCAGCUUUAAUUAUGAAGCGGAGUCACCAGAUGAAGGAGCCUUCCUUGUUGCAGCUAGAGAAUUUGGAUUCGAGUUUUGUAAAAGAACUCAAUCAAGCAUAUUUGUGCGUGAAAGACAUCCUUCUUCUAAAGAACCUGUUGAAAGGGAGUUUAAACUACUCAAUUUACUGGAUUUUACUAGCAAAAGGAAGCGAAUGUCUGUCAUUGUCAGGGAUGAGGAUGGACAGAUUUUUCUGUUUUGCAAAGGCGCAGACAGCAUUAUCUUUGAUCGUUUAGCAAAGAAUGGAAGAAUGUUUGAGGGAGCUACCACAAGGCAUUUGAAUGAAUAUGGGGAAGCUGGGUUACGUACACUAGCACUUGCUUACAAGAAGAUCGAGGAGGCUGAUUAUUCUGCUUGGAAUGAGGAGUUUCUUCGAGCAAAAACAUCAAUUGGUGGUGACAGGGAAUCCAUGCUUGAGCGGAUAUCUGAUAUGAUGGAAAAAGAUUUGAUCCUUCUUGGUGCAACUGCUGUAGAGGAUAAAUUACAGAAAGGGGUGCCUCAGUGUAUAGAUAAACUAGCUCAAGCUGGUCUCAAGAUCUGGGUUCUAACAGGGGAUAAAAUGGAAACUGCAAUCAAUAUAGGAUUUGCAUGCAGUCUACUUCGACAUGGUAUGAAACAAAUCUGUAUAGCAGCAAGUGCAGAGAUGCUAUCCCAAGAAACCAAAGAGGUAGUUAAGGAGAACAUUCUAAUGCAAAUCACUAACGGCUCUCAAAUGGUAAAGCUUGAAAAAGACCCUCAUGCAGCCUUUGCCUUGAUAAUUGAUGGGAAAACGCUGAGUUAUGUGUUGGAGACUGAUAUGAAGCAUCAGUUCUUAAAUUUAGCAGUUGAUUGUGCCUCUGUGAUAUGCUGCCGCGUCUCACCUAAGCAGAAGGCCCUGGUAACAAGAUUAGUAAAAGAAGGAACUGGAAAGAUCACAUUAGCAAUCGGUGAUGGUGCAAAUGAUGUUGGCAUGAUUCAAGAGGCUGACAUUGGUGUUGGCAUCAGUGGUGUGGAAGGAAUGCAGGCUGUGAUGGCCAGUGAUUUUGCUAUUGCACAGUUCCGGUUUUUGGAGAGACUUCUAGUCGUCCAUGGACAUUGGUGCUAUAAGCGCAUAGCUCAAAUGAUUUGUUAUUUCUUCUACAAGAAUAUCGCCUUUGGCCUUACACUAUUCUACUUUGAGGCAUUUACGGGUUUUUCUGGGCAGUCGGUUUAUGAUGAUUGGUAUAUGCUGCUAUUUAAUGUCAUUCUUACCUCACUGCCUGUCAUCUCACUUGGAGUCUUUGAACAAGAUGUUUCAUCUGAGGUCUGCUUACAGUUUCCAGCACUUUAUCAGCAAGGACCCAAAAACCUGUUUUUUGAUUGGUAUCGGAUCUUUGGGUGGAUGGGAAAUGGACUCUAUUCCUCCCUCGUCAUUUUCUUUUUAAACAUCAUCAUCUUUUAUGACCAGGCCUUCCGCAAAGGAGGUCAGACCGCAGACAUGGCAGCUGUGGGCACCACCAUGUUCACAUGCAUCAUCUGGGCCGUCAACUGCCAAAUUGCUCUUACGAUGAGUCAUUUCACAUGGAUACAGCACUUCCUUGUUUGGGGAAGUGUAGUCACUUGGUACAUAUUUCUAUUUCUCUAUGGAAUGUUAUCACCUUUAGUUUCCGGAAAUGCGUUCAGAAUUCUUAUAGAAGCUCUUGCUCCGGCUCCAUUAUACUGGAUUACUACAUUAUUAGUAACAGCUACCUGUAAUCUCCCCUACUUUGCUCACUUAUCUUUCCAAAGAGCAUUCCAUCCAAUGGACCAUCACGUAAUCCAAGAAAUCAAGUACUACAAAAAGGAUGAAGAAGACCGAAUCAUGUGGACAAGAGAACGAUCCAAAGCUAGGCAAGAAACGAAGAUAGGCUUCACAGCAAGAGUAGAUGCAACAAUCAGACAGUUUAAAGGGAGAUUACAAAAGAAGCAUCAUGCUUCAUCAAGUCCGAUGUCUCCUGUGUAAUUAUGUGUGGUCUGUUCUAUAGUCAUAUUAUUCUUUCCGUUCUCUCUAGGUUCUGUUUAUAGUUCUACGGGUUUCUUGGCUGUUUGCAGUUUUGGUUAGUGGCCCUUUUCUAAUUUAUCGUCGGCCAGUAUAGUGGUAGUUUUGUCUUAGAGAUUGGUUAAUACAGAGUAUACUGAGGUUGUGUUGUAUGUACAGUACUUAAAAUCUGAUUGCAGUUUACGGAA